AUAACAUAUGCAAAGUUUUGUCCAUUUCUCAAGCGCAAACUCACCCUGUGAAUACAGUAAAGGGUUUGCAAUAGAUCCAUUCAAAAAUAUUUUGCUCACUAUUUAUGUACCAUAAGAUAUGCUUUGUUCGCCAUGGUUGAGAAAAGUUGCAAUCAUGUUGAAUUACCUAAUAUGCACUUAUAAAUAGGAUCACUUCUACAGCCCAGUCCACAAACCUACAAGAGACAAAUGGAUUUCCUUCUUCAGUUACAAUAUGUUUGUGUUUCCAUUUUCUUGGUUUUCUUUUGCAACCAAUGGAUUGGGAGGCUUCUAAGGAAGAGAAGUAGCACGAAACACUACAAGGAGGCUCCUCAGCCAUCGAGGGCCUUGCCCGUAAUCGGCCAUCUUCAUCUCCUCAAAGGGCCAAAGCCUCUUGCUCAGGUACUAGGAGACAUGGCAGAUAAGUGUGGUCCAGUUUUCAUGCUGCGAUUAGGCCAGCGACGGAUGCUUGUUGUCAACAAUGAGGAAGGAGCAAGGGAUUGUUUAUCUACCAAUGAUAAGGCUCUUGCUUCUCGCCCUGCUUAUGCAGCUGGUAAGCAUAUGGGCUAUGAUUAUGCCAUGUUGGGUUUUGCACCUUAUGGCCCAUAUUGGCGCACGAUUCGCAAGAUAUCCACAAUAGAGCUCCUCUCAAACACUCGUCUUGAGAUGCUCAAGCAUGUACGAUCUAUGGAAGUUGACAUGUUCAUAAAGGAACUGCAUAGAACGUGGGUAGAGAACAAGCAGAGACCCGUUAAGGUUGACGUGAAACAAUUACUAGGAGAUGCAGCUUACAACAUAAUUACCAACAUGGUUGCUGGCAAGCGAUAUUUUGGCUCGACAGUAACUGCCUCUGAUGAAGCAUGGAGGUUUAGAAGGGCAGUUCCUCAGCUCUUCAAGCUGUUAAAUGCUUUCGUAACAUCAGACAUGUUUCCUUUUCUGAAGUGGAUUUAUGUCAAUCGGAAUGAAACCGCAAUGAAAUCUGUUGCUCAGGACAUGGAUUCCCUUAUGACUAACUUGAUUGAGGAGCAUCGGCAGAGGAGGGCUUCUCAAAAGGCUAAAGAUGAUUGUGACUUUAUGGAUGUGAUGUUAUCAACUAUGAAAGAUGUCAAGUACUCGGAACUGGAUUCAGAUAAAGUUAUCAAAUCCACCUCCCUGGCUAUGAUACUUGGGGGCAGUGACAACAUAACAAAUUCUAUGGUACUCACCCUAGCAGCCCUACUGGAUAAUACACAUGUAUUAAAAAAAGUCCAAGAGGAAUUGGAUGCAGUGGUUGGAAAGAACCGGGUUGUCGAGGAAUCAGACAUAAAGAACCUAGUGUACCUUCAGGCUGUCAUCAAGGAAGCAUUUCGAUUGUAUCCGCCAAGCACACUACUUGUGCCACAUGAGGCUAUAGAAGAAUGCCAAAUCCAGGGCUAUCAUGUCCCAGUGGGAACCCAGGUACUUGUGAACCUCUGGAAGCUGCAAAGAGACCCAAAUGCAUGGUCUGAGCCAGAUGAGUUCAAGCCAGAAAGGUUUUUGUCAAGGAGCUCAAUCGAUGUGAGGGGCCAACAUUUUGAGCUAAUUCCAUUUGGUUCGGGAAGGAGGGCAUGCCCGGGUAUAUCAUUUUCAUUGCAAGUGGUGUACCUUACACUUGCUCGUUUGAUUCAAGGGUUUGAAUUGCAAGCGACAGGUAAUGCCCCCGGUGAACGUUAUCUAGCCUCAGAUAUUCCCAGUCUCUCCACACUCAAAAUCAUGCUCGCCCCACGAGUCUCUCCAGGUCUCUUCAUAUGAUGAUGAUCAUUAAGUCUGUAUAACAUGCUGGUAAUGGCAAUAAAGUUGGCUAAUAAAUAUUGAUAUGUUUUUUUUUUC